AUGCCAUACAAACACCACAUCGCCAUCUUAGGCGGCGGCACAAUCGGCCUCUCAAUGACAGCCCUCCACCUCCGCCGCCCAGACACAACUGUAACAAUCUACGAUCCACGCCCAGACUUCGAAGCCCAACUCCGAAGCACUCUACCGACCUUCCUAGAUCCUCCUACCCAAAACCAAACCAAAGAAGAAAUACUAUCCGACCUUCUCUCAACUCGUCUGACCCUCGCAAAAACAAUCCAAGAAGCUGUCCAAAACGCAACAAUCAUCCAAGAACAAUCACCAGAACAAACAGCCUCGAAACAGGCUCUCUGGCAAGAAGUUACGCGGUAUACGCAACCAGACGCACAUCUAUGGAGUAGUUCAUCUGGGAUCGCAGCCUCAGCCCAAAGCGCGCUUUGUACACCUGAUGUCGUGGAACGGCUACUUGUUGCGCACCCGUUCAACCCGCCACAUAUAAUGCCGCUUGUGGAGAUUGUUCCUGGGCCUGGGACUAAAAGUGAGAGGGUCGAAUAUGCUAAGAGGUAUUUUGAGCAGGUUCCGGGGCCGGGUUCAUCUGGGUCUGAAUUGCAGGAGCAGUACUACAGACCCAUUGUGCUUCAUAAAGAGAUAGUCGGGUUCGUGGGGAAUAGACUUGCGUUUGCGUUGUUGCGAGAAGCUUGUUAUCUUGUUGGGGAGGGGGUUGUUUCAGUGAAGGAUUUGGAUGCGCUUGUUAUGGCUAGUUUGGGACCUAGGUGGGCGGGGAGUGGAGUUUUUGAAAGCUACCAUGCUGGUGGUGGGGAGGGUGGAAUUGGGGCGUUUUUGGAGAAGUUGGCGCCGACUUUGAAGGAUGUUUGGGGGCGGUUGGGGGAUGUUGAUAUUGAUGGGGAGCAGGGGGAUGAAGCUGGAGCUGGGUUGUGGAGGGAGGCUGUUGUGAGACAGGCUGAGGAGGCCUAUGGACCUUCUACUACGGCGGAGGAGCGUCGAAAGAAGGAGGUUAUGACGAAGGGUAUAGUUGAGAUGCAAAACAAACUUCUUUGA